AUGGCGGGCGAUCGGUGGGGGGCGGCAGGCAGUUCCUCCUCUCGCUCGUCUGAAUGCUCCACCGGGAUCCAAGACAAGGACCCAGGCGGCCAGAUCCCUGCCCGUCCCGCUAUCCAGCCCCUUGGUAUCCGGGGUGGGCCGCCUGUGUGGGUGCUGGUCCCCGGUCUUGGCCUGGCGGGCUUGGUGCCGAAAGCGCGCGGAAGGGGAGGCUCCUUCUCCCACAGAGAGCAUGCCCGUCGCCUUUCGGGCGCCUGGGCCGAGUGGACACUUCGCUUAAACUGCGAACCGGACUGGAAUUGA